ACCUUUACCGCUACUGUUGUUUUUAAACAUUCUUACUAAAACAGAUCUUUAAAAUAAUAUACCUUUCAAUAUGCUAUCGUCUCUUGUAAAAGAACACCAAGCUAAACAAUCUGCGAAAAGGGCAACUCAAGAACAAAAAAGAAAGGAAUGUAUAUCUGCUGCCAAUGAUUUAACACAGGCCCUUGUAGAUCACCUAAAUGUGGGAGUGGCACAAGCAUAUCUCAAUCAAAAGAAACUUGAUGCGGAGGCAAAGUUGUUACAUCAAGGGGCUAUAAAUUUUUCAAAACAAACUCAGCAGUGGUUAGCUCUUGUUGAAAAUUUCAGCAGUGCUUUAAAAGAAAUUGGUGAUGUUGAAAAUUGGGCAAGAAGCAUAGAAAAUGAUAUGAAGAUUAUUACAAACACCCUUGAGAGAGCUUAUGAGACAACAAGAGAUCAACCUGGUAGUAGUUAAGAAAUUACCUGUAUUGUAUAAUUUAAAUAUGUUUUUAUAUUUUAAAACAUGUAAUAAAUCAUAGCUAUGCAUGUACAAGAUAUUUUAUCUAGGUGUACUUAUAAAAUCUAUACUUACUCUUUUUUGUAAAGUUAAAAAAAUAACAAGUAUAGAUUAUAUUAACUAGAUUGAUAAAGAACAAAAAAAAUUGUUAAAAUAAUACAAAUACUUUAAUAAAACAUUUGUUUGCAUUUAACUUUUAUGGUGAAGUAUUUGUAAAGUCACAUGUAGAAUUAAUUACAGGACUAAAAUUUUCUAAAAAAAUUACCAAUAUCUUACAAUAGUAUUUUGUUAAGAUUAUGAAAAUAACCUGCAUUAUCACAUGACCAUUUCAUAUACAUACUUACAAACAUAUUUGACACUGAUUUUGUCUUAUGCAUUAAGUCUAUGUCAAAUAUUUAUUAUUACAGUGUAAACUCUUUACAACGAAACUCGAGGGACUGAGCAUUUUUUGUCGUUAUAAAGAGUUAUCGUUAUAUGGAGUGAACAAAAAAAAACUCCUUCCAACGUCACUUUUCUUUUCUCCCUUUUCAAUCGCACGUAUCACACAAAUUUUUUCGUCAACACUAAUCUCUUUCCGUUUACUGGCCAUGUUAACAGUUUCAAAUUAGGUUUACGACUGAUAAUACGAUAGGUACCCAGUAUGUUUGGUCGAAGACCAUCACUUCCGAGAAAACAAUGCGUCAUAUUGCACGUGUACAAGGCAAUUAAGGAUAACAAAAGCUAGACCGACCUCGGAUGUUUCGGAGCUUCAGUCUUUUGUUACCUGAUAACAUUACAUAAACAAUAAUACCGAUAAUAAAUAUUUACUGUCUACAAAUAUGAACACAUUUCUUCGUGAGAAUGGCGUAUCGCUAUAAAAAGUGGUUCAAUAUGUGAGUUUUAACGCAAACCAACCAACUUGGGCUCACUCCAACGCUAUGGAGAGUUUAUCGUUAUAAAGGUUUAACGUUAUAAAGAAUUUACCCUGUAUUAACAACAAACAGGGCUUUUAGGUGGAGGAAUUGCAAAAUCUGGAUUCUAUAAUUACUUAUAGUCAUAAAUUAAAUACUGAUUUAAGUAAUAUCUAGAAAAAGAGUAUAAAGUCCAUUUCUGUUAAAAUACAAAACCAAAAUCUUUCAUCUGUCUUGUGACUUUUAUUAGCAAGUUAUGAAAUUUUUUGAAAAUAGCUUAUUUUAUUAUGAAAUAAAAUAUUAGUUUCUAACGAUAUGUAACAAUGUUAUUUAAAGUGCAGGUAGGUCGCAUUGAUGUAUGACAACAUGCAUCAUGUGACUAUUGAAUAGUAAUUUUUUCCUUUGACUCUCGUUCUGAGAUAUAAAAAAUGCUAGAAAGGCUUUUUUGGUGUUUUGUAAAUACAUAUUUAUUACAUGAAUUUAUAUUAAUCGAUUCAGUCAACCUCAACUUAUGUCUUACUAGUCUGUAUUCCCCUAAAGUGUUAUUAAACCGUAGGCGCUGUGGAAGAGCCCCCACCCACAUACAUGCAUGCGGAGGCUUCAAUAAAAUGCCUGUGUAUUAUGGAACGGAAGAGUGAAGGGCCGGCAUUUUCCGUAGCGCCGUAGCUGUCCAAAACACCAAUUAUUAUCAAUAGAUAACAAUAGUUCGGUUAAGUUAGUAUAUUAAUUUUUUUUAAUAACUACUUCCGGCACUUGGAAGUGGUUGGGGAUGAUAACUGUACCUCUGCCUCUUUAAAGGAUCGGAUAUAUUAGAUGUAUCGUAAACAUGGAUGUAUAUCAAAUAUCACUAAUGCACGACCGGUGCCGUACCAUGAAACACUUCCAGAAAACCGUGAAGUGAUGCAAAAGGUUAAUCUUAUUAUAUUAGUCGCGUUUUGUGCGGUGAGCUGAUAAACAACUUCCACCGUUCCACAACUGCGCUUUUAUAUUUUAUUCUCGACGAUUUAUGGUAUGAACUUAUCUAUCCUCUGACGACGCGUAGACUGCUACGGCAAUUCGCAAUUCUACACCUGCCUGUAUAAGUCCCUUACAUUACCCAUCCCAUACCCAUUAAUACCAAAACUGACCGACUCAUUAAGCAUGUCAUUUGAGCUACAGAUUCCCUACUCGAAACGAUUCCGUCAAACGAAAGCAUGAUACUAAUUGGCGCCUUUGAUUGGCUGCGCUUCGAUAACGCAGAUAGAUCUUUUAGGACAGGACUUUGCUCAGUGUUCCACCGUUACUCUGGUGGAAUUGCAGACGCAUAGGAAGAAUAAAGCUGAAAUUUUUGACUGUCUUUUCACGUCCAAAUCAACCUUAAGUGACCAAGGGCACCAACGAGCAUUUUGCCGUGUCAUACUUCGAUGCUAAAUUUUUUAAUAUUUUUUUGAUUCAUCGAGAAUACAAAGUACUAUCCGCAUCACUCGACUGUGACGAAGUCCAUCGUUCCACAGCCGGGCAUUUCUAAAGGCAGUUUUUGCCACGCACCGCCACUAUGUGGAAUCAGCUGCCCUCUGAAGUAUUUCGGAAUCAAUUUAC